AAUGAUGAAGUAUAUCAAUAAUAAGCGGGACAAACUACAACCAUUAAGCGGGACUCUCGCUCUCGUCUGAACAAGAGACUGCUAAUCGGAGCCUAGCUAUGGAAACACACACGGAUAUGCAACUGGACACAACGCAGGCUUGUUCAAACCCACUGGCACUGAUGACUAAAGAGACAGGUUCUGGGCCGAUCGUCAUUCCAGGGGAGACUCAGAUUGCUACAGAAACAAUGACUGCUACUAUGCCUGUAUCUGGAUCUCUACCACAGCGGACGACCUCUUAUGUCGUGGCCGUGACAGGGGGAACCCAGCUCCCAAAGCCCCCUAUCUCAGAAUGGAUUCCAGUGGGUGAACACGACCUUAUACAAGGUUCAAUCCAGGGGGAGUCGGAACUGAAAAUUUCAGAUAAAUUCAGAUCAAGGCUUAGUGCUCCUUGGCAGCGAACCUUGGUUGUGCGAUUACUGGUGAGAACUAUUGGAUACUCAAUUCUAUGUAACAGAAUCAGAGCCUUCUGUCGUCCUACUAGCGCGCUGGAAGUUUUUGCACUGGAUGAUGAUUGUUUCUUGGUCAAACUUGGAAACGAUGAGGAUUUUUUCAAGGCUCUGACCGAGGGCCCUUGGGUGAUUUUUUAUCAUUAUCUUCUAGUCUAUCAAUGGACGUCGGGGUUCAGAGUAUUAGAUAGCUUACCAAAUUCCAUGGUGGUGUUGAUUCAGUUCCCGGGCCUUCCACUUCCUGUGCAUUUCUACCAUAAGGAACUGCUCUUCACGCAAGGACCAUGAUUGGACGGUCAAUUAAGCUUGACUACCACACGCAGCAUCAACAGAGAGCCAAAUUCGCUAGAAUGGCGGUGGAGGUGGAUCUAUCCAAGCCUCUGGUUCCAAGAAUGCGAUUGAAUGGUCGAUGGAAGAAGGUGGAGUACGAGAAUUUGCCAGUCGUUUUUUUUUAAGUACGACAAAGUGGGACAUACCAGAAUUUCUUGCCCUCUCCUCAACCGGGAACAGAAAGAGGAUGAGGCAUCGGAGGUACAACAACCACCGAUGAUUUUCGCCGGAGAAGAGUCGUCGGAAGCUAACUCCGGCUACGGGCCGUGGAUGUUGGUGUCGCCGAAAUUACGGCGGAAUCAUAAGGAAUCGGCCAAACAGGGAAAGAUGGAGAAAGACUCUCUAAUCAACGACGGUCCCGUGCCAAUCGAAGAAAGGAAAGUUAGUUAGAGCCUGGGGCAAUUUUCUUUGCAAAAAUCCUCGACGAACUAGCAACGGCAACGGACCCUAUCUGUGGAAAAAAAUACAGGAGGUUUAGAAGGAUAUGCCAAGGGAGGAAAUAAAGGAAAGGAGAAAGUUGUUGGGUCAAACACCAAUGCAGGUGAUGGCAUCCUUGGGUCACGGCCACAGACUAACUUGAGCUCCCCUAGAAAGCCCAAAUCCAACCCCAAACAGGCAGAGGCCUCUUUGUCUCGACCCCAGCAACACGUUUCUGACGUUAGUGGAGAAGGAAUUGAUACUCAAAUUGGUUUACCUACUCAGAUAGUCAAAAGGGCCAAUGGAACUAGCAUCCAAAUUGUGGAAGUGAAGCCCUAUAAUCCCCCGCCGCCCCGAUUCAUUGACUCGGAUGCCCCGUCAGCGGUUUCACAAACUAAGAAGAGGAAGGAGGAGAACGAUGCUCCUAGCAAACAAACUCCGGCCACCAAAAAAGGAACGCCAAUUCGCCACAAUCUGAUGAAACGAUUACAGAUUUAGUCGCCGGUGAAAGAGAAAAAGGGAAGGAACAAGGAUCGACGGGUCGCUCUAACUCUCCAACAAAUUCAAGCUUGGACUGAGCUGUCGAAAUCCAAGGAAGAGUGGCGGUUGACACGGAAGCUGCAAUUCUAGCGGAGGAACUAAUUUCAGAAGAGACAAGAACAAAGGGAGUUGCCCCUCCCCUCUCCUAAUUCGUUUCCUAUCUGCUUUCUUCUCAUCUCCCAUCUCCCUUCUUUUAAUUCUUUCAUGGAACACAAGUGGAGCUGGCAGCUAGCUUUUUCCCGUUCUCUAAAGCUUGCACUCCAGCUCCAUAAGCCCGACAUUAUGUUUCUUUUAGAACCGCAGAUAAGCGGAGAUGUGGCCGAUAAGUGUGCGAGAAGCUGUGGUAUCCGAAUGUCAUCUGUGUUGAGGCGAACGGGUGGAGUGGAGGAAUAUGGAUGUUCUGGGAUGCCCAAAAGUUCUUAGUUCAUAUUGAUUCAGCUGGACUGAAAUAUCUAACUCUCUCUAUUACCAUGAGCAAUUUGGGUGUCUGUAAGCUGAUGGCAGUAUACGCUUCACCAUGCCAAAAACUUCAACGACUCUUGUGAAGUAACCUGAUCGAGCAAAGCAAAGUCAUCAGCGGCCCUUGGUUGUGUGACAUCCCGUUACUUUUAAACAAACCAAAACAACCGUGGCUCCGGAGCCGACCGAAAUAGUGUCCAAAAAUCUCAAUAAAACAAAUAAAUCAAA